AGCUCCAAACUGAUUCUUGGGUGUAAAACAUUGUGAUCCCUGUUAAAUGGGCAGAUCUCCAAGUCCCAGCAACGAAUGUGUAAAGAAAGGGCCAUGGACUCCAGAAGAGGAUAAAAUAUUGAUGGACUAUAUUCACGAAAAUGGAGGGCAUGGAAGCUGGAGUGCACUUCCCAAGCUAGCUGGUUUGAACAGGUGCGGUAAGAGCUGCAGGCUAAGGUGGACUAAUUAUCUAAGGCCUGAUAUUAAGAGAGGUAAGUUCUCAGAUGAAGAAGAGCGGAUGAUCAUCAACCUACAUUCUGCGAUUGGAAACAAGUGGUCCCAAAUUGCUGCUCAUCUUCCAGGAAGAACUGACAAUGAGAUCAAGAACUUCUGGAAUACCCAUGUCAGAAGGAAGCUUGUCAACAGUGGCAUUGAUCCAAAAACACACGAACCUCUAAUUAUUAACCAUCUCAAUAGUUUUCUUGCUAAUUACUCACAGUUGCUGUCCACCUCAAACUUAUCCAACUUGGUGAUCGCGAAUCCUCUGGAAAGUGCACUCGCUAGCCUGAGAUCAUUCCUUCCUCAACCUGCACCCAAUAUCCAACUCUUGCAAAACUUAUGGCAGAUCAUAAAUAGUCCUAAUCCACUUCCGAAUUCCAUUCAAGAAAAUAGUCUCUUACAAUCCUCAAUUUUAUCUCCUGGCAGUGGCCUUAUUAGUGGAACAAAUGCUGCUUAUAACCACUAUACCUUUACCUCUCCAAACACGCAUGUCCAUCCUCAAAGGCGGCCAGGUGAAGAUCAUGCCUUUAACAACUUGUCCGCGUUCAACAUGGAAGGCGGAUUGAGGCCAGAACUUUUUUAUAACGACACAGAUAUUAGAAACAAUUCUCAGAAGGAAAGCAUGCUUCCUUCCUCAGUGUCAGAGUCUGUCGGUGUCGAGCAAAUGAAUCGAACUUGUUUUCCUGCUGAAACACCAGCUGCCUCAAAUAUGGUUAGGACUUGGGAAGAACUACUGAAUGAUGAAGAUGGGGGUAAUGACUUCUGGAAAGAUUUGAUUAAAGAUCUCUAGGGUUUGGUUGAUGCUGUGGAUGUAUUUUCAUUAAUUAGUUUCCGUUGGACAGGAACUUGUGCCCAGUGUAUCUCAUUUAUUGAUUCAAUUAAUAUGUUUAUCUGUUUUUAUUAUUACCAAGGAAUCAGAGAAUAUUUCUUGCAUGAAAUAUCACAGUUCAAUGUAUGCACAAGCUGGGAGUUCUCUGGAUACAGACG